CGCGAAACAACGCUAUGAUCAAGACGUUCGUGUUUGUUGUUACGUUAAAUAGUAACUAGCAUCGACCGAAUACCUUUCACGGAAAAGUUAAGUCUCGUAUUCUUUUGGAAACUUCGUUAUCCAGCCGCGUUCGGAAACAUUUUUAAAACAAGCACGAGGAGAGAGCUUCGACUAAACUCUAAACGAGAUUAGCCUCGAUUGGAACGAUAGAGCGCGAUCGAAUGUCCGGUGAUCGCAUACAAAGCUUGAAUACUAAUUUUCUUCGCUAUAUGUUUACUUGACAUUGUUUCAGAAGACUACUGCGUAGGAAAAAACCGUGAUAUGUCGCGUGGUUGAUUUAGCGAGCAUUAUUAUUCGAUCGAAUCUAAAGAGAACGAACGUUUUUUAUACAAAGGGAAACGGGGAACAUGAUCACCGUUCGAAUGGUCGGACCAUUUGCGUAAACCGCUCGGCUGAGCUAACUGUUCGUGUUAUCCGCAUUUUUUUCCCAACACUUAAGUAAUUGUCGUGCAGCGAGCGAUAACGUAAUUGUACAAACUCAGUCGAGUGCAACGUAUUAUUUUUUAUCUUUUUGCGUCUCGAGCAAGCUGUCCUCAGCAUGUGUUCCCUGAUUGAUAAAAGAUACAACUCCAUUGUAGCGUCGAUUACUCAAUAAUUGUAUAAUCAGAAAGCUAUAUAAAACGGCAUUAACUUAUAUAAGUUAAUUACCGCUCAGUUUUAAUUAGAAGUUUCGAAUUGGUCGAAACAUUGAUUAAUCGGUACUUACACGUGUAAACGAUGCUCAUAUUAUUGUCAAACGACUCGUAUAGCGUUACGAAAUAAAAAUCUCAACGUGAACAGGUAUUAAACGGUACGUGAGUCUACCUAGUACAUUUGAAAUAAUCAUACUUCCGUGCAUAGAUCGAUUCGAAGGCAUAUCCUGUAUAAUUAUCCGUGUAAAUCUCAAUUAAUUCCAGGGCACGACAGAGGGUUCAAUAGUAAUCAAUACAUUUAUAUGUCGGUUAAUAGAUUUAUUACGCAGAACAUGUUACACUCCUGUCUCAAGGUAAACUCGCCUGAAUGUCACUCGAUAUUUUAUGCCAUAGAUCAGCUGAUUCAACGAUAUAUCAAGAAUCUUUUAAUUACAGAUAUGUAUGUAUAUAAAAAAUAUAUAGUGUAUGAAAUUACGAAUCAUAACGUGUACAUUGAGGAUCUCGUCUAUAUAUUUGUGUCUCGUGCUUUGAAUAAAGGUUACACGAUAACUGUUGAUAGGUGAGCAAAUGGUUCGAAGGAAAAAGAGAAAGAAAGUCAUCUUGAUUUUAUGAGUCGUAACUUUUUAAAACAGGUACUCUAUACCCGCGAUAAAUUUACAUGCAAUUAUUGCUACUUUAUUCCGAUUGGUUUGCCACUUACGGAUCUGGCACCGCCUCUGCUAGUCGAUAGAGAAUCAUUUAUGUGUACACGUAACACGUAUCGUGAUCUCUUAACGGAUGGAUGAUUAAGUUACGACCAUAUAUAUCAUUGAUCGAUCGACUAACGUUAGGAAGGGAUUAUUAAUGAGCAUUAAAAAUCUACCGCAUAAAUCAAUAAUGCGUAUCGAUCAGACCAAGUUGAAUUCAAAAUUUUUUAAACUCGAUGAAAUAGAGGUCCUUUUAAUUCUUUGUAUAACAUUGUUAUUGAAAUUUUUAAUAUCAUUUUUUCCGUAACUUAUACGGCUUACGUUACUCAAUGCCCUAAAUAACGGUACAUUCGAUACGCGUAUCCUUCUACGCCUCUCAAGCAAUUCAAGUUCUGAUUGAAUAAAGAGACCCGAUCUAUUCGCGUCUAAGAAACACAUCAAUGGUAUAAAUAAUUGCAUCAAUCAUAAACGCAACGACACGUCGCUGACAAUAACACCUUUGAGAUAAAUCAAUGUCGGACAAUUAAUUCUUCCAUCGGUCUACACGAUUUUUCAUAUCGCCACCUCCUUCCCCUUUCAUCUUUUUUCAAUGGGAUCACGCGAUGCAAUGGCUGCACUUGUUCCAACUUGCUUGCACCAUUAUCGUUUCAUCUCGGACUAGUGGCGAAUGAUUUGUAACAAAUUUGCUCAGGAAAACGUAGAACGAUGAAAAAACACGAUAGAAAACACGAGAAGGAAGAUAUAGUGAAAAAGGUCAACGUCGUCUGAUCACGGAGAUCGUUAGCGGUUUAACACCUCCUAUCGAAUCCGGUUCGAAAGGAUUCCUAGAAGAAACGAACGAUUGUUAUAUUUCAUUGUCGUAUGCGUUAGCGAUCGCCUCGUUUAUCAGGCCCCGCGAUCAAAGGCUGCAGAAACCGGUGAUUGUAUUCGCGUUGUCGACCAUUACAGAAUACCUAGCAAUGUCCAUCGGAGGUCCGAUCGAAAGAUCACCGGACGAUAGACAGGAUGUCCAUGUAAACGCCUUUAGAAAAAUGAAAGAAAAAUGGGUCAAGAACUCUAACUGAGCUUCACAUUGUUACAAAGAUCUUGAAGGCUGUGAGUUAGUAUCUUUUUUUUCGUUUUUUAAAUUCAAUAUGACAUCGAAAGAGGAUAUGGAACGAUACUCAAUGCCCGGCAACUAAAAGUCGACGUCAUUGAAUGCCACCUAAGGCAUGGCUACGGUUCUCUUCGCUGACCUUCGCGGGUUUAGAUCGACGACAGUUCCGUGAUCGGUCCAGAGCACCUUUUGCGUUUCGUACAAUUCAGUGGAAUUGCAUAAUUCGUGGGUAAAUAACCUCAGCUCCGAAUCCGGUUCGCGCUUCGUGACAGAUUUCUUUUGUAUCGCCGAGACAAACGGUGGUCCACGUGACCAGACAUUCCUCGAAGCGGAAAGCCAGCAACAUUCGAUAAUCUACAUCUUGAAAGUUUGAACGGUGCCUCCACUAGCCUUUGAUUGGUAUUGCAGUAGAUCGACGGUAGGGAAGAAAAGGACGAAGGGACGACGUAACACGCGAAUCGACUUUCAAUUUCGAAAGACGGUAUUAAAGUUCGAGCUAUUCGAUAUCCACGCAUGCAUUGGCAACCGACACACAAGCCCCUUCCUUUGCAUUUAAAUACAACCGCGAUAUCUCUCUAUUCUACGCGAACGUUUUGAUCAGUACCAAGUGAAGUAAAAACGAAAUGUUCGAGAAGAUACUCGGUGAUUUUCCGAAACGAAUACGUGUUUGCGAGCUUAAUCGGCUUUCAGUGUCACGAAUGUCUGUCAACACGUGAAUGACGGAAGUCGAUUUAUCGGCAAACGUUGUCCAAUUAUUUUUCAAUUUUAUCUAUCGCCACAUAUGUACACUGAACUUGAAUUAAACACCUUGCGCCGGAGCGAAGGAACUCGUUUGUCCACCGACGCAAAUACUAAGAGAUUUUUAAUGUGAAAAGAAAACCAAUUGGAGCUUUCUGUACGCACGAAACUGUUAUAUUUCCGUGUCACGUUGCAAUAUGUACACGAAUCAUGAGAAAACGUGACAGUUGUAAUAUUGUACGGGAUUUUAUUGCGUAUCGCGGAAUGUCAUAGCAGCUUCGAGGAUAAUCAAGUUAGUUAAUACCAUAGGACCCUAUCGUGCGCCAGGGUCUUAUGAUAUAUCGCUGAGUAAUUGGCAUAAGUAAUAAUUUCACUCUUUUUUUAAAUUUCUAUUAAACGUCGAUCGCGUGUCUCAGGCAAACAUGGGCAUGUGUUUAACGCAUAUUAUCUUUUUGCUAUUUGCCUCCCUGAAUCGAUUCAUUUACAUAAGCGAUAUUAAAUGCUAGAACCUGUACAAAUGUAUCUGAAAUAUUAGAUCUUCCCUCGGUUGUUGCGUCUAUGCUAAAUUACACACGAUGGAGACAUCAUCGAUAAUCAAGAGACUUGAAAGAGGAACUCGCGCGACUAAUUAUUAGCGGAAAGAACGGAAAUACGUCGCGAGAGAGAUGAUCGAACGUGUACGCGAACGUUAUGUAAAAUAUCCUUUCCAAUUCCUAAAAGAUGCAUAUCAAUCUCGCUUGAAAAAUCUUCGUUUCCUGGCGAAAAGAUCGAUUGUUUAAGCGACAAACCAUACGUAUAACGAAAAAAUAUAAGAAUACAAAAAAUCGAGCAAGACACGCUGACGAUCAAAUGCCGAUAUUGCUGAUCGCUAAGCAUCCUAAACGGUAUUCGUCUGUCCCUGAACCUGCAAGAAUGGCUUUUGCCCGCACUGAGAGUAUAUAAGACUGACGACGUCCUAUCACAAAGCGCAGUGUUAGAUUACCACCUCGACGUCAACAACGAACCUCGCGUUAUUGACAAACUCGCCGGUGUUUCUACAUUCAGUGGUCAAUUGAAUCAAUAAUUGUCAUCGUUUCGAAACGAUAUCAUCGCCCAAAUUUUAACCAAACCGGUUUCGAAAGUAUAAGAUUCACGUUGAAUAUUACAUUAUGGAAACUACAGACUUGGUUAAUUCUGCUCUUAGCGAUGUCGGCAAGAGUCAGACCACUUUCGCGAAAGAUGUGCCAAAAAUGGUCAAGUAUACGCUAGCUGAUUCAGCGAACAGCGAAAGAAUUGACAUGGACUAUCAGAUUGAAACAGUCACUAAAGAUGAUAAGCUCAGGAUACUUAACUUUCUCAAGAAGUUCUUCUUCAGAGACGAACCGCUCAAUCAGUCGGUCCAAUUGCUAUCAAAUAGAGAAGACUUCACUUGCCGUGAUUUGGAGAAUUAUAGUCUAGCUUCCCUUGAGAACGAUCUCAAUCUGAUGGCAGUCUUACCGAACGGUGUUUUAAUUGGUGUAGUAUUAAAUGGAAAGAUGGAUCCUCCAAGCGACGAAGAACCACAGUUCGUAGCUACAUGUCGAAACCCAAAAUUCAAAAAAAUUCUUAAGUUACUGCAUCACGUGGAUCAGAAUGUAAAUAGCGAAGAAAAUUUUCGAGGGUUGAAUGUUUUGGAAAUUAAAAUAAUUUCCGUAGAUUCUGACUGGCGAGGCAAAGGCGUUGCCAAAGCGCUGCUAGAAAAAACACUUGAAAUUGGGAAAGAGAGAGGCUUUCACGUAGCACGUGCCGACUGCUCGUCCUUUUUUUCUGGGAGACUUUGUACUCGAAUGGGCUUUAAUCGAAUAUACGAACUCAAGUAUACGGAUUAUCUAGACGAGGAUGGUAAUCCUGUAUUUACCCCCGCACAUCCACAUGUAGAAAUUGUUUCGUAUGUUAAGAGAUUGUGAAAAGCGUCAUGAUACGUAUUUGAAAUCAAGUACCUGUUUAAAACCGAGUAUAACGUUUCAGAAACGCACUCUUAUAUCUACGUUACAUUUUUCUUAUUAUCAACUACCCGUACACGUGAUACAUUUCUUUUCUUUUAUAAAUAUUUUUUUUCUACGAAUUAAUCUAAUAUCUCUAUAAUUAUUUCUUCGUGAUGCUAUAAAAACGACAAAAACAUUGUGCCAAAAUGACAACAAUAAUAAAGUUUAAAAAAUAACACGCACGUUAAGAAGUACACUUGAUUUAAACGAUGUAUAAAAGUUAUACGUUCUAAUUUUAUUGAAUGUGUUUAAAAUAUGUAUGAAUUUGUUAUUAUUCUGUUGCAAUGAAUUUAUACAUAAAAAUAAAGAUAACACAUGAUUUGUAUGUAAACAUAA